UUAUCGCUACAACUCGUGAUGGCAGGUCCUCGUGAUUACUUCAUUCUUUUACUUUUGCGUAUUACUGACGUAUAAUUUGGUUAUGAUCCCUUUGUACUGUUUUACUUGUUAUAUAUUGUGACUUCUUGGUUUUUUUGAUCUAAACACUGGGUUAUAUAUACCGGUGUUUGUGUAUAGACAGCGUCGAUGUAAGUUAAGGCGUGUACUUUUUAACUAUAUUUGUGGCAACGAUGACAUCGUUAUUCAAGCAGAUAGAAGCUUUAUCGGUGCGGCCUAAUAAGGCUUAUUCUCGUUUUCGUCGUAGUUACGCCUCUACUGAGCAUUACAACCGUGUUGUUGUAUCAGAGAGUUGGGAGUAUCUGUUAGGUCUUGACCCUGGCAUGGUUCAAUGUGAAGGUUUAUUUAGGCGUUGUCUUUUAGAUGGCACUUCUAAUACCGCUUCUGUUACGGAUGCCGAUGCUUCGGACACUGGUUGGGAGUACAAGGAUAUUGACUUUAUGACAGAUUCUGAGAUCGUUGACUGCGAGAGCACUUUACAGUUAUUUUUGGAUACGUGCACACCUUGGUUGAAUCAUGAGCCUUGUCAGCAUUUGAUUAACUUUUUGAUUUACCAAUAUGAGCUCGGUUCACGUUAUGGCGGCAUGUUACUGGUUGCUCUGUUACCUAUUCACGAGAGCUCUUACUUUGCGAAGACCGUUGAGUUACUCGUUCUACCUGAGGGGAGUGACUUACUGUACUAUUUAUCUUCCACUGUGAGGGCUUCUAAUGAGCACUCCGGUCUUGCUGACGUCCCUCGUUCUGUUAUAAUCGCUGCCACUGUGAAAUCGUUCAGCAACUAUCGACGUAUCUGUGAGACUGUAGAGCGCAUGGUGUUAUUGCGCAACAGUGGUGACGCCUAUUUGCCACUUUACACAGUCUUGAGUUUGGCUUACCUUGAGCAACAUCGCAAUCAGCUGGGUGACAAUGAAAUUCGUCUAUUUUUGAACACUGCUUUUAGUGGUGUAAAGCACCCUGAGAAGUCAGGUUAUUAUUCAGCCCAGCUGUGCAUAUUAACUGUUUUGUUCACUACAGUUCCCUUGACCAUAUCAGUUCAGAAAUCCGUGGUUUCAGCUUUACUGGAUCCCGUGCUCACGUUACUGUCUGAAUCCCAAGUGCUAAGUUUUGAGCUAAGGCUAAAGUUCAAGGAGUGCAUGUUGGUUGUGCUUGCCUUGCUUCACCAGCAGAAGGAGCGCCUGGAGACAUUUCCCAGUCCCAUUGUGGGCCGUCUGAUUACUGUCCUUCACAAGUUUCCCGCGUUAGUCAAUGUCUUCCGGGCUACUAUAGGCUCAUCUGAAUCCGUAGACUUUUCACGUUUUUGCAAGGUGAUGACCUUGUCUGUUGUUAGGUUAUACAAGCACCAGGGCAACACAUCUCCCAGGCAGGAUACUUCUGUUGAGCUUAUAGGGUGGACUAUUGACUUUUUCUCUCGUCUGGAUCACUCCAUAGUAUACAUGCGCGUGAUGCUAUACACACUAAUUGACGACCUUGUUGUAUUUUCGUUAUCAUGCCAACAGGAUGAGUCUUUAUUCCACUGGGACAGUGCUUCUAUGAGCAUCAGCUUGAACCCAUCUUACAGCGAUCGUCUGGAUAUAUAUUCUGAGUUUUUCUAUCGUCUAUAUCUUACCUUUCCCUCAGUGGUUGAGGAUGUAUUACAUCGCGUUGUGCAAGCUCCAGACAGAUCUCCUGAGGUGUUACCCAUAUUCCUUAUGAUUUGUCAUAGUAUAGCCCAGGGUUCUUCUGUAUACUUCUCUUUACUGGUCCACCGUUGUUUUGGGAAGUCUAUGCAGGAUGCUAGCCCUGCGUUGCCCAGCAGUCUGGAUGGUGACAAUUUAGGCCCGACCCUGUUAGUCUAUGCCGACGCCCAACUUCCUUCGUCAACUCGUUUACAACUGUACAACAUGGUGUCUUCUGUGGCUACAGCUGAGAUUCUAUCCUUGGUUGACCGCAGCGUGCUCCAGGAGUUCGUUCGUAGUAGUCUUGCUGACCCUGAGAUCUCUGCUUUAUUUUGCCAGAAUCAGCGUUUAAUUUCUAUAUUACCCGCGGAUAUGGUGGGCGAGGUUUUGCUGAGGCAUAUAAGUGGAUUACUUACAGGCUCGGGGUUAGUAUUCCAGGCGUCUAUUGUCUGCAAGAUGCGUAACAAGGCAAUUGUGCUGGAGAUGCUUCCUUUCUAUGAUCGUUGUUUUGAGGUAUUACAUCGUGACCACCCGUUAUCUAGGCAGUUAUUCCAAUGUUUGUCAUUAUUCAGUGAAGUUUACAAUCGCAUUCCUGAGGGUCAGCGUGGUCAUUUGUACCAUGGUAGUUACCACUUCAUGUCACUUUUGCAUAUUAUCCAGGCCCAUCACAGGCAAUCUAAACCUACAAAGGCGAAUGCUCUUAAAUCAGACCACGAUGGUGGGAGUGACAUGUCGUCAGCAUUGCCAGGUGACCCCAAAGCUGGUAGAAUCCCUACUACUCUGGACGACAUUUGCAGCCUUUACUUUGGCAACGCGCCAAAUGAGCGGGACUACGACUCGACGAUGUCGUUGCUUUUUUCUAUUUUAGACUUUUUGGUCCAGGUCUCCAGUGCUACUAUGUACGUCAACACUUCGUAUGGCGACUUAUCCUCUACUGCUGGUUGCAGCAACGCGCUACUCGUAUCGAGGGACCCUCAAUGGCUCAACGAGUGGAUGCUAUGCUAUGGACUCUAUGAAGCUUGCGAGUUACUGCGUUCACAAUGCCCGACUUCAUCCAGUCAAUCUACGGAUGACGAAGGAUCCAGGGGAAUCUCAGAGCAGGCUGCUCCCUCCCUCACUCCAGAUCAAAUCUACCACUUGUUCUGUAUAACUGAGGUAGUGCUUUGUUACGCCAUUAAGCUAUAUCGGGAGUCUAUCAUGCUGGGUGACUUGACAUAUUCAUUCACUAGGUGUUGUUUUAAGCUCUUGACCCAAUUCACGCUUACUGCGCCAUACUCCUUUAGGCCUGAUAUGGAGAUAACCGAGCUUGAUGCUACUGUUGACACUUUGUUUAGUCGCGAGGCGCUUCUACUUCACACCAUGCUGGGUCUGUCUAGUGAGGAGUUCUGCACGCUGUUUAGGGAGGCUAUUAGCUUGACUCCUAAAUCAAUGCUAGGCUCAAUGUCACUUUGGCUAAGGCAUUACUUUGAGUUUGGUCGUCUCGUGAGGAGUUUGGAAAACAGCUCCGCCCUGGGUCUAAACUGUUACUCCAACAUCAACACGAGUUAUGUUGAGGUAUGCCCAGUGUCGAAGUCCCUUAAAUUCAAUGGUGUGAUUGAUGACGUUAUCGCUUCAGGUCCCGCUGUGCUUGCUGAGUUGCUCAAGGAUAUUGUGUAUACCAGUUCCAUAGUUCCAUCAUCAAUGCCACCUUCCAGUGACCUUGGUACUAUGCGUUUACCCUUUAUAUCCCUAAUAGAGCUCGAUAGUGCCAUGAAGAUGUACGCUCGAUGCAUGGAUAUGUUAAGUCACCUGGUUCCGGAGCUGUUGCGCACAAAGGUGUUCAGCAAUACAUGCCUCAUCUUGGACGUGAUGACCAACGCCUUGGAGUUUUUGGUUGACAAAAACCACCAGGUGCGUCGCGCCGCGGUUUCCAUGUUAUCUCGAGCUCUCCAAGCCUAUGUCGAGAUUCCCUCGAAGCAUAUAUGGAGAUUUUCUAGUGUCUGUGGCUACAGCCUAUGCAAGGAUUACUCCAAGGCAAUAUCUAAGCUCGAUUGCAAUAUCAAGGGUCUGGAGAAGACUGUGAAGCGCUUUUGCACAGCUCUGCUGACUAACAAUGCCUCCUUGCCCAAUGUAAUGUUCGUGAACCACUUUUUCGCACAAUGUUCCAAAGAGCCUAUGAUAUCGUCUUUAUUGUUAUAUUGGUCUGCGUUCAGCGGGACUAGUGUACAAUUUAACCUGGAGGUAAUUCGCCACAUUACUGAGGGCCUCUCUUCGGAUAAAUUCCAUGAGUUCUUUACAUCUGGUAUUACUGGACUUUUAGGUUACCUCCAGUCUAUGGACCUUGGCACGCCACAAGAUUGCUAUCGCUAUUUGUUGCUACUCAUUUCCUCCACUGCAUCAGUGGCGUUAUCUACUCUCCAGGGGCGCCACAUAUCCUUUGGUACUACGAUAUGUCCUGAGCUAUUCCAGGCAGUGGGCGAUCUCUGCGGUCGCUUGGACCAAAGCGAUAUACCACUUGCGCAGCUGCGCCGCAUGGUAACUACCUGCGCUGGUAUUGCCACGUAUCCAUUAUCGCAAUCUAGUUUUUGGCUACUCAAGCCAGAGGUACACAACGUAUUUUUGGGCGCGUUCGAUAAGGUGUUCCCAUGCCUUGAUGCCGCUACGCGUAAGCUGUGCCUGGACCAUAUAACUUCGGGUUAUGACAGUGUGAAAUUCGGUAUGAAACCACUACUUGCUAUAUUUCCCACCCUGCAAAAAUGCAACGCACCACUGCGUGAAAAGUUCGUCAUGGCCAUUGUGGACAACGGGUGCUCAACUUCUUUGGCUGACACCAUCAAUGGUAUAAUGCAGCAUGAGCGCGGCACUAAUUCGUGGUUCAAGAUAACAUCAAUGAUGCUUCAACGCUAUUUAUCAUCGGUGGAUAUUACGCAAGAAGGGAAUGCUACAUUCCUCUUCAAAUCAGUGGUAUCAUUGAUGGAGAGCAUAUUGAAACUGCUCAAAACUGAGCAUGACUCUAGCGGCACGCAGCCACUAUCUGACCUAUCGCACAUUGCUGUACUCAUUAACGCGAUUUACCGAAGGUUUGGCUCCACCCUGGACACAGUUGACAUUAAGCUACUUCGCAAGGUGGAUAACGACAUUUGCCGCUGUCUGCGCGCAAUGUGCCAGUUAGAUGGCCCAAUGAUGCUAGAUUUCGUCCAUCCAUUCCUCUACAAAAUGUGCGCUGUGAAGACGUACCUUGAUGCUGUUUCUGACGCAAGUGAGGCGACGUCUUCCAUUAGCGAUACAAAAGUACCUCACGUGGCCCAUGCAGCUGGUCCCACUGGUUGUGCUGCUGUAUGCCAGAUGAUGAUGCAGUGCUUUGACUCGGACAAGUCGGAUGCCACUAUAUUGCGUUUUGUGGAGUUGUCACAGGUCUUCCUGGCACCAGCCAAUUCCUCACGUAAGGAUGCAAUGUCAGAUGCCAUUGGACUAAGCAAGUCAAAGCACUGCAUGGACCUGGCUUACGAGGAGUGGCUUGGCUACAGUAUAUAUUCGUGUAUAUACAUAUGCCGGCUUGAAACAAGUUCAUUAGCAAUAACAAAGUGCUUGCAGUACCUUAGAGCUUCUCGUGAUCAGGGGUAUAUACUCUCCAAGUUACUGUUCACGGCUAUGGCAUCAUGCAGCCAUGAGUACUCCAAUAUCCCGUCAUGGGUACCACGAUUGGAUGUGCGUUCCGUGUCACUGAGCAAGCAUCACGAUACCGCUUCACGCUACGCCUGUGCCUAUGAGAUAUACCAGAUAGUUUCCCAGGCUCUGGAGCUGUCGCAGGAAAUAACGCAUAUGGUUAUCGACGCUGAAAGCUUCAGUAACCACAAAUCCGUGGGUUACAUUAGGUACAGGUCCACUGCGUUAUUGUUGCAGGCCUCGGCAAUUUCGGUCUUAUGUUUCAAGGACUACCCAGAGUUUGCCGAGGUGGCGACCAUGAAGAAGCGUCGUAAAGGCAUGAUGGCGCUAUGCGCGCCAGGUGCUGAAACCAGCGACUCUGGGACGUAUGUUCCCGCCAUAUUGAAGAAGGCCCGGGGUAUCUAUAACAUGGUAUACAGUAGCAACCCGCACGUGGCUUACUCGAGACUCACUCUAGGGGCUAUAUCGUUUUUCUCGGGCGUCGAUCGCGAUUAUACCGAGGGUAACUACUGGACAGAUGUUUGCAAUAUCGACUUCGUCAAGCAGACGUGGGUAUGCGAGUACAUAUCCAUAGUUAUGGGCGCGUACUGCAAGUUUAUCGGACAGAAAACCACAGUUGAUCGUGAUAUCUUGCUGCCAUCUCAGUGGUCCAAGUAUAGCAAUGAGCUUGUUUCGGUGCUAUACCGGCUAUCCAAGAUACUGUCAGACUUUAUAGUAGCCUGCGAAUGCCCCGUGGGUAACAAAAAGGACAGCCCAGUUGCAUCCCUGGUAGCAACGUGCAGGAAGUCGGCAUGGCGUGCUGUGGUGAGCAUAUCAGCUGCAUUAUCGGGUACCCAUACAAUGAACUGUUUCUCGUUGGCCAUAUCAAGACUAGAUAUGCUGCAACAGCAGAAGAGCCUGUCACUGGCCCAUGCAACGGACUUUGUGUAUAGCGUCCGCAUGUGCAUUGUGGUAGUACUUCACCAUCCAAUGGACCAGGAUGUUGACAUGGCGGCCGUGGUGUUGCUGUCACAGGCGCUUUCCAAGUUUACGAUUUACCUAGUGGAUCGCCACCCGAAUAACGGAGACCUCAUAGCCUGCGUCCUGGUGUUGAUGCUACUGCUGCGCAAGAACUAUGGCAAAGGGACUGGAGACGAGCUUUUGGAGGCUAUUCUCAAUAUUAUAGUGUUCCUCGAUGCCCAGGUGCCUCUGGUUGAGCGAUUCAGUUUGCCGCAUAGUGAUCGUAUCCCAGAUGACCCUGGACUUACUCGGGUCUGCACUCAGAUCUUCCAGGAGGCAGUUAACACCAGCCCCGAGAAACUAUCAAAGUCGAUUGUCGAGCACCAGAGGUCAGCGUUUGACCAUGGUAUAACUACACGUGCGGUUAUCAUGCUAUCGUUUUAUGCCGCCAUCAGCUGCAAAUACUACCACCUCAUGAAACUAGUUCUGGCCAUUGAAUAUAGCCACGUACUACGUGCUAUGCGUGAUAGUUCGCGUUUGAUAACCCUGAUGGCCAUCAGCUUGCUUUACAAUAAAGUAAAAUCCAAGUACAUCGCAGAUCUCGAGAAGCUGUACUUCCUCAAUGUCAACCUGCUGUCUGACUUUGAGUCUAGUUCAAAGGAACACCAUCGCAAAUCACGCAAAAGGGCUGGCGCCAGCAGCGAUACUGGGAGCUCCCAGUCGUCGGGUGACGGUUCAACGCCACCCGACGACUGCAUAAACAUGGUAUCGAAAUACCUGGACGAAGCGCCUUUGCGCCUGGAUCUUAACAGCGCUGCCUUUGCCGAGCCGGAGCUGCAUUAUGGCAGUUCAACGGGAGUUAAAUGCUUUGAGGAUAGUGUUAUACUCUAUGCAGUCCAGUUCUUCUCCAAGGUUAAGUCAAGCCAAGUCGUUGAUAUACUGACGAACCAUAUCGCCACUUUGUAUAAGGGGUCCCAGAGCGCAAAAAGUUGCAAGGUAAUGUCACUGCACGAGAGCACGCGCCUGCUACUGCGGGUUGCCAUAGCCACGCUGCAGGAGUAUGGCGCGGCGGGAGCAGCGCAAUUCAUAGUACCCCGGAUAUACGAGUUCCUCAAUGCCGUGCUUGAAAUGUCACUGGAUGCAAUAUGCACCAACGACAAAAAGUGGAAUGAUGCCACAGUGCGCUGGAAGGUGUUCACCAAUGCAGUGUUCACACUCCGCGCAAUCGGUGCUUGCGUGGCAUCCUGGGAUUCCAAGCAGGUAUCGGUACCGGACAUGUGCUUAAACCGGUGGCUACCAACACUGGGCAAGGCCGUGAACGCAUUUGACCACAUGGAGGGCGCUGAAGUACAAACGUGGUCGGAUACACUCCGAGAUACAUUCGUGCAUCUCGUGGCAUCAUGCUCAGAUGAUGCCGAUCGCAUUGAAAACGUACUCUCUAACGGGCUUGUGUCGUCAUCUGAGCUUUGCAAGUGCCAGGUGCUGGGUAUAUUGAUAUCACUGUGGGAAAAGGUAAGCUUCCACCUGGGCUCCACAGUGGUCAACGUAAUGCCAGUGCUGGGCGAACUUGCCGAUGACGAGUCUGCGGAAGUACAGAGACUGGCAGAACUGCUGAACGAUAAGAUACAGACGUUCCUCAACAUGUGAGUGAGCACUGUAUAGACCUGGAGGUCAAUCACGCUUGGACGUGGUAUCAU